GGGAUGUUUGACGGUGACGGAAUAUCUUCCGCAUAGUUUGUUUAGUGGCUUAUUUUAGGGUUUAUGUUCUUCUGCUCGAGCUAACGCGCUUUGUCGGCAUGGAUUUCCUCGGGAGAGGGUUCAAGGCGGCGAAGUGCAAGACGCUUCUCCGGCUGGCGAUGUCCCGGAUCAAGCUGCUACGCAACAGGAGGGAGCUCCAGGUGAGGGGCAUGCGCAGGGAGAUUGCGAAUUUGCUGCAAACUGGACAGGAGCCGAGCGCCCGGAUUCGGGUUGAGCACAUUUUCAGGGAGCAAAACAUCAUGGCUGCGUACGAGAUUGUGGAAUUGUUUUGCGAGCUCGUUGUUGUGAGGCUGCCGAUCAUCGAGUCCCAAAAACAGUGUCCUCUCGAUCUUAAAGAGGCAAUUGCUAGCUUGAUUUUUGCUGCUCCAAGGUGUUCCGAUUUGCCGGAAUUGCUCGAAGUACGUGGGCUCUUUGCGGUUAAGUACGGCAAGGAAUUUGUGGCAUCCGCUGGAGAGCUUAGGCCCGACUGUGGCGUGAAUAGAAGGAUCAUAGAAAAGCUUUCGGUCCGUGCACCAUCUGGAGAAGUUAAAUUGAAGCUCUUGAAGGAGAUUGCUGCCGAGCACAAUAUAGAGUGGGAUGCAAGUGAAACAGAAGCUGAGCUCACGAAGCAACAUGAAGACCUUCUCGAUGGACCAAGUCAGUUCAUAUCGUCCAGCCAGAGACCACUCGCAGCGUCGUCUCGAGUUUCUAGCCAACACGCUUCUGACAACGAUAUGCCUUCUGUCCCGUCCCAGAGCAUGCGAUCGCAAUUCGAAUCUCGGCCUGGAAACGUUCUCCAGAUGCAGGAUCUAGAACCGGAAGAGAUUAAGUCAAGUAAGUACGAAGAACGGCAGCCAAGUAUCCGUCCGGUGUCUCCGCCGCCAGAACCAGCAGCACCUCAACGAGACAACGAAAGGCAAUUCGUCCCGUUUAUUUCUCCCCCGCCAGUCCACAACUUUGAAACGCCGCCGCCGCCGCCGCCGCCGCCGCCACCACCCGAGUCUGUUCCUUCAUUCCACAACGAGGAGAAAGAACCACCGAUGGAGUACAAAGACGUCGUUGCUGCUGCUCAAGCCGCUGCGGAUUCCGCCGAGCGUGCUGCCACUGCCGCCCGAGCUGCCGCGAACCUGGCCAAGGGAACUUCGUUCUCUCGAGCUAGGCCAUCUCAGGAGGUUGAUUCCGACGGCAGCGAUGUUGAGAUGCCCGCUCCGCCGGCCAGUUUCGCAAACAGAUGGGACAGGACUAAACAGGACGAAGACGAGGACGAGAGCUCCGACAGCGACGACAACCAUGCAACGUCCAAGUUCGCUCCGAAGAAGCCAUUCUUCGACAGUGACGACGAGAGAGACGAAGACGGGAGGAGGAUGGACAGGAGAACGAGCGUGUCGCCCCCAAGAGCAGCGCAGCAGCCAGCAAAGUAUGACCUCUUCGAUCUCGGUGCUGAGGAGCGGAGAAACUCGGGUGGCUUCUCAUCGUCGGCUCCUUACAAGCAGCAAAACAACAUCCACGGCAACUUGUUUAGCGACGAAGGCCAGACGUUCUUCACCGGCAUUGACGACGGCGCUCCUCCGCCCUCCUCGUCCUUCCACCGGCGAAGAGACAACCCCCCUCCACCUUCGUUCGACUUCUCGCCGACGCCUUCCAUGCCUCAGUUCGACGAGCCCGAGUUUAAUGGCGAUGGAGUCGAUGGAGCAUCCAUUCCUCUCUCGAAAACGAGCAGCGGCAGUGGUGAUCUCAAGUGGCAGAAGAGCAUCCCACCGCAGCGAGCUCCACCCGAGCUUCCAAAGCCGCCGGCGUCGCGUACGGACUCGGGCGGCUCGUCCGGCGGCCACUCCGUACACCCAAAGCUCCCGGACUACGACGAUCUCACGGCUCGCUUCCAAGCGCUCAAGACGAGGAGGUGAGCGAAGGUUAAAAAGAAUUCAUGUUGAUUAUAGCCGAAUUUACACAAGGGCGAUAGAUACGAUACUAGCAUAGUACAUAACUAGCUAUGCUGCUCUCUCAAAUAAUCAUUGAUCAUAAAUAUAGUGGCGACGUUAUUUGUAAA